GCCCAAAGGCAACACUAUUUGCUAAAGAAACCGUCACGUUUUUGAGAAAAACCGUCGAACACCUCGUAUGCAGCAGCAUCAUAGCACGUAGCACGGUACAUCCCUCCCGCUCUUUACACAUCUGAACUAAAACCCUAAUUUCGACAAUGAAUUCCAUGGAAGAACACGACGUUGGCAUCUCCUGCUACAUUUCCAACCUCCCUGGCUUCCGCGGAGUUUUAAAGCAAAGGUAUUCUGAUUUUAUUGUGCAUGAAGUGGACACUGAUGGAAAGGUUGUUGAGUUGUCCUCUCUUGAAGCCAUUGCAGAGGAAUCUAAGGUCUCUGCUGUGGAAUCCAAGAGUGUUGAGGAGAAUAAAACAGAUGCAUCUGAAACUGAUGUUAUAAGUUAUGCCUCUCAAAUUGAAGCUUUUAAGUCUCUUGCUGGGGAUUCUGAUGCUUCCAGUUUGGAGGAAUUUAUUAAUCAAAUUAAUGCUGGCGGUGAUGAGAGUCUCUCUCCUAUUGUUCUUUCUCCGGAUUCUGAUAAAUCCCAUCGAACGGCAGUGCAUAUUUUCUUUAGGGAAAACUUCAAGUUCCUGGUUACCGACACAGUGGAUGGACCUGAUGCUUCCUCAAAAUGCAUCCGUGUGAGAUUGAAUUCUGGUAAAUCCAACAACAGAGACAAAAACUCUAGGAAACGAAAAGAAAGAGAUAGCAAGCCUUAUGACAGCAGAGGUUCAGAAAAUUGGCCAGAUGCAGGCAAGUUCCUUAGGUUUCAUCUUUAUAAGGAGAACAAAGAUACCCAGGAAGCUUUGGGGGUGCUUGGACAUAUGCUUGGCAUCAGGUCGAAAUCAUUUGGAUUUGCGGGUACAAAGGAUAAGCGUGCUGUCACGACCCAAAGGGUUACUGUUUAUAAGCAGCAAGCAACUAAGCUAGCUUCCCUUAAUGGGAAGUUGUUUGGUAUUAAAGUGGGUGAUUUCUGUUACGUUAAUGAAGGAUUAUGUCUUGGCCAGCUACUGGGAAACAGAUUUACAAUCACUUUGCGAGGAGUUGUUGCAGAUUCUGUGGAUACCAUAAAAGCUGCUGCAGAUUCUUUAGGACGGCAUGGCUUUAUUAACUACUUCGGUUUACAACGUUUUGGAAGUGGUUCUGUGCCUACUCACCUUAUUGGAGCCGCAUUAUUCCGGGGGGAAUGGAAACGUGCUGUGGACUUGAUCCUUGAUCCAAGAGAUGGAGAAAAAUAUAUAAUAGCCAAGGCACGCAAGUACUAUAAAGAUACUAAUGACAUUGCUGGGACACUUAAGCAGUUGCCCCAAUUCUUAGUUGCUGAAAGGGCUGUGCUUAAAUGUUUAAAACAAUUUCCUGGGAGCUACUUGCAGGCUUUGAAAUCUAUUCCACGCACUUUAAGGAUGAUGUAUGUGCAUAGUUAUCAAAGCUAUUUGUGGAACAAUGCAGCAAGUACAAGGGUGCAAAAAUAUGGAACUGAACAAGUAGUAUUAGGAGACUUGGUAUACUGUAAAGAAAAUCCUUCUGAAAAAGUUGUAGAGAUUGUUGGACUUGACUCUGGUGAUGACUGCGGUGAUAGUUAUGACACUAACAAUGAAGAUGAAGUCACUGGAGAUAUUCAUGACAACAGAAAUAGUACUGUAAAGGUUGUGAAUGCGGAAGAUUUAAAUUCAAAAUGUUAUACAUUUGAUGAUGUCGUCCUUCCUAUGCCAGGUUCAAGAUCAAUUUAUCCAACCAACGACAUUGUCAAAGUGUAUAAUGACUUGACAAAUAAAGACGGAGUCAGUUUAACUGAGAGCGUGCAUAAUGCAAAGGAAUUCUCGAUUACUAGUGUUACUGGAAGUUACAGGAGGGUUUUUCAGAAACCAAUUAACUUUGAAUGGGAAUUACUUACAUAUACUGAUAGUAAUAAGCCAUUGGUAGAGACAGAUUUAGAUAAAAUUGGGAAGUCUAAACCUAUAAAUGUCGAUCCAGUGAGUGCACCAAAUGAGCCAAAGGAGGAAGCUGUUGGUUGCAAUAACCAAUUAGAGAGCUCCAAUGAUGGUCCGAAGGUUGAGAUUGAUUCUGAUGAGAUUGCUGGCAAGGAAGUAAUAUUACCACAUGACGAAUCUGUCCAUGACUCCAGCUCUCAAGACUCCCAUACUGCUCUCAAAUUGACCUUCACUCUUCCUUCUUCAUCUUAUGCAACUAUGGCGAUAAGAGAGCUUCUAAAGACUUCAACAUCUGUGGCUUAUCAGAAGACAUUAAACCAGUAAUAAUCACAGAACACUAGAAAAAGAAGUUUCGGCUCAGUUAUUUCUAAUUUCAAUGGAUGGCUGGAUGUUAUAUGUAUCUUUAUUGAAGAAGUAGAGCAGUAUCCACUCAUAGUUCUCUAUAUUUUUCCAGAGUGAAGUGAAAUUAAACACUGCGACUAUUUAUUCUGAAAGUUAUAGUUGAAUACUUUCAAGCACCGUUAGCACUAGCUUUAUUUAUCUAAGAAAAUUUCCAUGUAUUGAUUUUAGUGUGCGAUAUGCGCACACCUUCUUAUUUUUCCACUGUAAAAAUUCUUUUAUUUCCUGUUGUAUUUUUAGCUGCAACAUUUCCAUUGUAUAAGAUUAAUGUUUAACUGAA